AUGGAAGCGGCAGAAAAUAUUGUAAAAGUGAAGAAUGCACUUAAUGAUAUGUUUAAUGAGUAUUUGGAGAGGCAUGAAGCAUCAGUCAAGGAGGCUUUAAGCCAUAAAAGUGGAUCCUCUGCCGGAAGCACUACUUCAAGGCCUAAUGAAUCGAGUUCAGAUUGGGAUGCAUUUGAAGGGUUUCUUAAUGAUGUUGAAGUGGAGAGACCACAAAAAUCUGAACUUAAAAUGUAUUUGGAAGAGGGUGUACUUAAAGGAAAUGAAAGAAUUAAUUUCAAUGUGUUAGAUUGGUGGAACACUCAUAAGCUGAAAUAUCGUGUUUUGUCAAAGAUGGCGUCGGAUAUUCUUGUUGUUCCAGUUUCAACCGGUGCAUCCGAGUCAACGUUUAGUGCCGGGGGAAGAGUUAUUGAUCCUUAUCGAUCUACAUUGGCGCCUACUACCGUUGAAAUGUUGAUUUGUGGUGGGGAUUGGGUUAGGCAAAUGUAUGGGUUAAAGAAGAAGCUAAAGAAGGAGGAGAUACCAUGCGAGGUUUUACUACCCAGUGGAAAAAGAAAACUAAGUUAA